AUGUACAGGCGAAUCCUACGUCAAACUCGUAGGUAUUUCACAUGCAUUUCACACCCAGAGUCCAAGUUACCACAUACCAACUGCCCAAACUUGGUAAAACCGUUUAUAAAUUUCCCAAGAACUGAAGAGGCUCUUACAAACCAUUUUCUAUCAAUUUUGCAAGCUUGUUGUGAUCAUGCUCUUCUUCAACAAGGUAGACAAAUCCAUGCCCAGGUCAUUGCUAAUGGAAUCAGCAGAAAAAAUCUAAUUGGUACAAAGAUUUUGGCUGUGUAUGUUCUUUGUGGAAGCUUUUUAUACGCUAAGAAUGUAUUUUACCGGCUCGAUUUGCGCUUUGCUUCGCCUUGGAAUUGGAUGAUUAGAUGGUUUACCAUGAUGGGUUUGUUUGAUGUUGCUAUAAUGUUGUACUUCAAGAUGUUGUGUUAUGGAACUUCCCCUGACAAGUACACUUUCCCUCCUGUGAUUAAAGCCUGUGGUGGUUUGAACAAUGUGAGAUUGGCGAAACGUGUUCAUAGCACGGUUAAAUUGAUUGGUUUGGAGGUGGAUGUAUUUGUGGGCAGUUCUUUGAUAAAGUUAUAUGCAGAGAAUGGUUUUAUUCAGGAUGCAAGACAGUUGUUCGAUAAAAUGCCUCACAGAGAUAGUGUUUUGUGGAACGUCAUGCUCAAUGGUUUUGUGAAGAAUGGAGAUGGAAAGAAUGCUGUGGAAAUGUUUUUGAAGUUGAGAAUUAGUGAUGUGAAGCCCAACUCAGUGACAUUUGCUUGUAUGUUGUCUGUCUGCGCGUCAGAACAGUUGGUUCGUUUUGGUACGCAGCUCCAUGGGCUUGUUGUUAACUCUGGGUUGGAGUUGGAUUCUCCUGUUGCUAACACAUUGUUGGCUAUGUACUCAAAAUGUCAGCACUUGUCUGAUGCGCAUAAACUGUUCGACUUGAUGCCAAAAACUGAUCUAGUGACAUGGAAUGGGAUGAUAUCUGGGUAUGUGCAAAAUGGAUUCAUGAUUGAGGCUUCAAACUGUUUUCAUGAAAUGAUAUCGGCUGGUGUGAAACCAGACUCAAUUACUUUUGCAAGUUUUAUUCCAUCAGUUACUGAAUCCGCAAGUCUCCACAAAGGUAAGGAGAUUCAUGGUUAUAUAAUAAGACACGGUGUGCCCCUAGAUGUGUUCUUGAAAAGUGCACUUAUUGAUUUAUACUUUAAGUGUAGAAAUGUGGCGAUGGCACGCAAUAUUCUCAAACAAAGUACCACAGUGGAUGUCAUCGUCUGCACAGCUAUGAUUUCAGGGUUUGUGCUUAAUGGGAUGGACACCAAUGCUUUGGAGACUUUCAGAUGGCUACUUAAAAACAAAAUGAGACCAAAUUCUGUAACCCUGGCUAGUGUUUUGCCGGCUUUUGCUGGUUUGGCGGCUCUAAAAUUGGGGAAGGAAUUGCACGGUAACAUCAUAAAAAAUGGGCUUGACAGAUGGUGUUAUGUGGGAAGUUCAAUUACAGGCAUGUAUGCAAAAUGUGGAAGACUGGAUCUCGCCCGUCAAGUAUUUAAACGAAUUCCCAAAAAAGAUGCUGUUUGUUGGAACACAAUGAUUACAAGUUGUUCUCAGAAUGGAAAACCAGAAGAGACGAUUGAUCUCUUUUGUCAGAUGGGGAUGGAAGGAACCAAGUAUGAUUGUGUGAGUCUAUCAGCUACCCUCUCCUCUUGCGCAAACUUACCAGCACUACAUUAUGGGAAAGAGAUCCAUGCUUUCAUGAUUAGAAGAGCAUUCAUCUCUGAUGUUUUUGCCGGAAGUGCCCUUAUAGACAUGUAUGCAAAAUGUGGAAACUUAGAGUUUGCUCGCAAGGUCUUUAACCUUAUGCUAGUGAAGAAUGAUGUUUCGUGGAACAGCAUCAUUGCUGCUUAUGGGAACCAUGGGCGCCUCAAGGAGUCUCUGGCUUUAUUUCAUCAAAUGUUAGAGAAGGGAAUCCUGCCUGAUCAUGUCACCUUCCUUGGCAUAAUCUCUGCUUGUGGACACGCAGGUCGGGUUGAUGAUGGGAUCAACUACUUCCGUUAUAUGACGGAGGAAAAUCAAAUUCCAGCCCGAAUGGAGCAUUAUGCUUGUAUGGUAGAUUUAUUUGGGCGCGCUGGACGAUUAACCGAAGCAUUUGAUAUGAUAAGGAGCAUGCCUUUCGCACCAGAUGCGGGGGUUUGGGGCACAUUGCUGGGAGCUUGCCGAGUCCAUGGCAAUGUUGAGCUUGCCGAAGAGGCAUCAAGACAUCUUUUCGAAUUGGACCCACAGAAUUCUGGCUACUAUAUAUUACUUUCAAACAUCCAUGCUAAUGCUGGAGACUGGAAAAGUGUGCUUAAAAUUCGUAGUUUGAUGAAAGAGAGAGGAGUUAAGAAGGUUCCAGGGUAUAGCUGGAUUGAGAUAAACAACAAAACCCAUAUGUUUGUUGCAGCAGAUGGAAGUCAUCUCGAGUCUGCUGAGAUCUAUUCUGUACUUAUGAGUCUUCUUUUAGAGCUAAGAAGAGAAGGUUACGCUCCCAAACCUUACCUUCCAAUGCAUCAACAAACACUGGGGAUGUGACUACUGGAGAAAAUGUUUAACAAUCUUUUGCAUUCCAGCCAUUUUUUUCCUUGCGUUGGAAUUUCUAAAUACGGUUUCUUAACUUGUUUAACAAAACCCAUUUGGCAUACGUCUUAGUCAGAAUCUGAAUUAUAAAAGGCAC